GAUUAUGCCUUCCAGACACAACUAAUCGAGCUCAGAAUCAUGGAUGCGUGGUCUUUAAAAAACAGCGCGAUUCCUGCUGCGUUUAAGAAAGUAGCAACUGCCAAGACUAUUUCAUAGUUUCACUGUUUUCUGUAAGAUUAGUGACAAAAUUCUCAUCGGUUUCCGAAUUAAUGAAACUGUUAUUAUGUCUACAAAGAAACUGGCAAAAGAGCUCGGAUUAUUGAGGCAGCGGAGUCAGUCUUCUUCUGGAUCAAAGAAAUCACUGGUAUCAAAUCAAAUAUUUUCAUACUUGAUUGUGAUUGAUUUUGAGUCUACUUGCUGGAGAGAGAAAAACAACUACAGCCAGGAAAUUAUUGAGUUUCCUGCUGUUGUGCUUAACACCUCCUCAGGGGACAUCGAGUCUGAGUUUCACACAUAUGUUCAACCCCAGGAGCGCCCCAUUCUGUCCGAGUUCUGCACCGAGCUGACCGGGAUUACGCAGAUGCAAGUUGAGGCAGGGAUCCCCCUCCAGAUCUGUCUUUCUCGGUUCUGCCGUUGGCUGCAAAACCUGCAGCUUGAGAAGGGUGUGGUCUUUCCCAACACACAACAGAGAUGUUCUGCACCUUCACCUUCUCAAAAACUGUGUACUUUCCUCACAUGGUCAGACUGGGAUCUUGGAGUUUGUUUGCAGUACGAGUGUAAACGCAAGCAGCUCCAUAAACCUGAUGUACUCAACAGCUGGAUAGACCUGAGAAGCACAUACAGACUCUUUUACAACAGGAAACCGAAAGGCCUGAACGGGGCACUGCAAGAUCUCGGAAUACAGUUUUCAGGAAGAGAACAUUCAGGUUUGGAUGAUGCUCGAAAUACAGCACAGCUGGCAGCGAGGAUGAUGAGGGAUGGGUGUGUGAUGAAGAUCACUAGAAGCCUUGAGAGGACCACAUCCAUCGCCAAACCCAUGUUUGGAAACACAAAUGCAGACAAGAAGAAAGGAAAGCCCAACACCAAUAAAGAGGAAAAUACGCUAACCAAAAACAAACCCUCAUCAUCCAAGAUUCCUCCUAAAUUGUGUGAAAUAAAGUCAUGUUCAGAGAACAACACAAUGAAUUCAGACACAAAGGAAAGCUCAAGUUCAGUUCAGGAAUCUGUUCAAAUCUGUCAGAGCCUGGUUUCACCCAGGACACUUCUGAAUGGCACAACUACAUCGCUGUGGGGACGCAGCAGGAGGUCAGUUACCUCAGAGGCUGUCGCUAACCUUUCCUCUUCCGUUAUGAUAAACGUUACUUCACCACACAGUAACAGCAGCAAAAACCUUGUUCUGUGUUCAACUACUGUGGGCUGCCUUUCUCAUCUACCUCACCCAAACCAGCUCUCAAAAACAGGAGCAACAGUGGAACGUGUGGAGGAAGAGGAGACUGGAGAACUUUUAGUGGAAACAGAGGAGAGGUGUGGUCCAUCAUAUGAUGAUGUGGUGUUGGAGGGUGAUGAUGUUAUGAAUGAAGGUGAUGGAGAAUGUGAUGCUGAGUACAUGUCAGAUUUUGACAGUGGAUUGUUAGUGUGUGAAGAGCCUGACUAUUCACGUUUAACAAGGGGUCAGGUCACAUUGAGAGACAACUCUGAAAGCAGUGAGUUAUCUACAACUUUUGUAUCUACAAUGAAGAUGAGGACGGAUCAGUUCAAUAAGAUGGGGCAGAAGUCAAUGAUCUCAGAGCCAGAUACAUGUUUUGCUGUGCCUAAGCCUGUUAGUAGGACCUCCAAAACAAUUUGCCGCGAAAAAGGACUUAAAACAUCUCUACAACUUCAAGAGAAGUCAGAUGAAGCUGCAAAAAACUGCAGGACAAACACACCCUGUCUGCUCAGAAACCAACCCUUCAUCCCAGAAAAUACCUCCACACCUAAUACCUCAUUUGCCAAACCUAAACCAGUCAUCAUGCAAAACAUAAAGCACAAAGAGACUCCUAAGUCUUCCUUUACCAUCUACAGUGACCGAGCAAAACAGACUGCAGCGACCUCACAUCCUUCCUCCUGUAGCUCUCUGUACACCCCCAAGAACGUCCUCUGCUCGUUGUCAACCAACACACUCUCAUCACGCACAAACUGUUCCUCCAUUCCUGUGACAAUGAAAGGAGGACAGAAGAUCACAUCCCCACUGUGCGCAUGCGGCCGCCGUGCAAAGCGACAGGUUGUAUCCAACGGUGGUCCAAACCACGGCCGGGGGUUUUACUGCUGUCCGGUCCGCCGGUCAGGCAGCGGAGGCAGGAUCCAGAAGGGAUGCGAGUUCUUCAAAUGGGAGUCGGCUCUGAUGAAGAGCAGCGUGGUGGCCUCUCCUGCUGCCAGGUCCUCAGUUUCACUCUGUCAGUUCAACUCAACUCUGAACUGUCAUCCCACAACAGAGAUCAACACUAAGAAAAAGCUAUUAAUGUAUUGGAGAAAGAGCUACACCUGCUGCACCACAGCACCCACACUGACACUGAGAUAUUUUUAAAUCAAAGAAUAAUCAAGUCUCACAAAGAUGGAGAUAAUGAAGGACAUUUUAUUUAUUCCACUGCCACAAGAUAUUGGAGAGUUCUCCUGUUAUGAAAGAUAUACAGUAGUCAAAUCACAGCUUCUAUUUAACUGAUAUUUUAAAUGCUUAAGCAUAAAUGUUACUGCUUCAGAAAUGAAAUUACAUGUUUGAUAAUAAUAAUAGAGACAGUUGUGUUUGCUUCUUGAUUUGAGCGUUGUCUUCAUAUGAAACACUAUUAGGAAGACGUGUACACCUGAUUCAUGCAUUAAUUCAGUCAACCAGUGCAGUGCAUAAAAUCAUACAGAUCAGCUUCAGUUAAUGUUCACAUCAAACAGAGUGGGAGAUAAAAAUGUGAUUUUGACUGGCGUGAUUGUUGGUGCCUGGUUUAAGUACUUCUGAAACUGCUGAUGUGUUGGUGAAACACCUGAGACAAGGGUCGCCUCAAACAGGUUUCAUGUCAACGUGAAGCAGAAUCUCAAAGUAAAGUUUCCAACACUGUUAAACUUAUGCCACGAAUUAUUGGGGCUAUUUUGAGUGCAAAGGGAGGUCCU